AUGCCCGCAGCCACCGCCACAAAAGCGGCCGAAUCGCGAUCGUCUUCCGCCGCCGGAGCUGAGGCGGCCGCCGUCGCCUCCGCUGCCGCAGCGGUGAGUGCCCAGGCCGGCCAGGGACAGGCGACACAGCCGCAGAAUGAAGCACUCAGACAGGUCCUCAAUGUCAUCGACAAGAAAGUGCGGAACAUGGAGAAGAAGAAGUUUGUGAAGAUUGUGCACAAGUUAGCUGCUGCAUUUGCUUAUCCUAAAAUGUUUGUGCACUUCACAAAUGUUAUUGACUGCAAAACACUGGCAUGUAAUGGUAGUGCCACGAAUUUUCUUUGUUUCAGAGAGCCGGUGGAUGAGGUUUUGCAGAUACCUCCUUCAUUGUUAAUGUGUGGGGGUUGUCAACAGAAUAUUGGAGAUCGCUAUUUCCUGAAAGCUAUUGAUCAGUAUUGGCACGAAGACUGUCUGAGUUGUGACCUGUGCGGCUGUAGACUGGGAGAAGUGGGGAGGAGAUUGUACUAUAAACUAGGCAGAAAGCUCUGCCGAAGGGACUACCUCAGACUAUUUGGUCAAGAUGGACUUUGUUCUGCUUGUGACAAACGCAUCCGUGCCUACGAAAUGACCAUGCGAGUAAAAGACAAAGUUUACCACCUGGAGUGUUUUAAAUGUGCUGCCUGUCAAAAGCAUUUCUGUGUCGGAGACAGAUAUUUGCUCAUCAACUCAGACAUUGUCUGUGAACAGGACAUUUAUGAAUGGACUAAAAAUGGGAUGAUCUAGAAUUACACCUGAUACUCUGCACGAAUGGGUCUCAGUAUUGUCUAUAUGUGAAUUCAUCCUUUUGUAAGAGCCUAUAAAUGUUAAGGACUUGUACAGAUAUUUUAUUAACAUAAGCUGUGAAGGUUUCAUUUAUAUACACACUCUACUGUGAAAUAUUAACUUCUGCAGCUUCAUUAAGGAGACCGAUAUGAAUGUCAUCUUAGUAAUUGUGAUGAAUACUUACUCCUCAUAAAUAAACUGCUCAGUUUGACUUCUGACA